AUGAAAUGCCCGGAAGUCGGCCAUCAGUUAAAGUGGCAUGUACAUCUUGUCAUGAUAGGCGGGUUAAAUGUGAUCGAAGUGAAGGUGUCUCGUGUUCCAACUGUCGAAUUGCCCAACGUCAUUGUGAGCCGAUCAUCUCACGGCGUGGACGGUAUAAUCAGAAAACGCAAGCUUCCUCUGAUACCUAGUCAGAGUGGAUUUAGCAGCAGCGCCCAGGAGUAUGCCCGAAAUGAAUACCCCCCUAGAAGCUAUGCUUCGGGCCCACCUAACAGCCACUAUGCUCAAGAACAACAGCAGGAACCGUGUUUCCCGGCUCAGGGACCUAAUGGGAAAACGCCAUAUAUUGGAGAUAGCUCUAAUCUCAACUACUUGGUCCAACAAUUCGGGAACCCCUUCCGAGGUACGACAGAUAUAAGGCCGCUUGAGGAGCGCUUGCAAGGGGCAAUGCUAGCUCGGCUGGGAAAAUCGACGGAACAAGAGAUUAGGAGAGUUCACUCAUAUACUACUGACAGACUUCAACAAGAGGGUGCUUUCGAUCUACCCCCGCUGGAGAUCAGCGGGAAGCUUCUCAACGCCUACUUCUUUCAUUCGCUCGCGUCGUUGCCCGUGAUUGACAGGUCACAAUUGCUUGAAUCUAUCAACCAGGGCACAGCCUCAAACUUGCUUUUGAACGCCAUCUACCUCGCUUCUACUAUAUAUUGCUCGGAUGAAACUAUAGCUGAUGCUGGGUUUGUGUCUCGAUAUGUGGCUAGCCUCACGUUCUACCGCAGAGCAAAAUCCCUUUACGAUGCCGGAUAUGAAAACGAUGCGGUCGCGACCAUUCAAGCAACAUUUCUCAUGUGCUAUUGGUGGAGUGGUAUUUUAGAGCCCAAGGAUACGUGGUAUUGGCUUGGGAUAUCGGUGGGAAUGGCGCAAGCUUUGGGCAUGCAUCAAGAGAAGUCAUACAUGCGCCUGAGCGAAAAAGACCGGAAAGUAUGGCGGAGACUAUGGUGGAUGGUUUAUGCCAUGGAUGUCAACCUGUCCAUGCUGUUGGACCGCCCGCCACGCGUACAGGGAAGACUAUGCAACGUGAAACCUCUAGCGGAGGAUGAUUUUGAACAACCGACAGACUCUGCUGAUCAAGAGACCUUCGGCGAAACUCUCAACGCGGCAAAUCGCUUCACUAUAAAUGCUGUUCAACUGGCUCGGAUAGCGAUGCUAGUGGACCAAUUUUAUACGAUCAAAUUUGAUGAAACAAACUCUCACUCUCAAGAUGUCUGUCUGGACCAGAUUUCAAGGUGGUCCUCAUCACUCCCAGCGGAAUUGCAAAAUGUGUCGAUGAACAGCAGCCCUUGGGCCAUGAUUACGAAUCUUUUGUACCAAGAAUACCGACUUCUGUUGCACCGAAGCAAUCCUAGAUUCUCGCACAACACAGGACCAGGCACUCCGACAUUUGAAAUCUGCACGCAAAUGUUUCAUAUAUUAGAGUUCAUUGUCGCAAAUGAUCUCAUAUACCCAGCAUCCGCCAGCAUUGUUGCACCCAUUUUGUCAAUCCUUUCCAUCUAUAUUGUCAACAUUCAUCGGGGGGACGCCGGCAUCAAAAUGAUUUCCGAGAACAGAGCACGCUUCUGCAUGGUAAUACUUGAGAAAUUACUUGAUAGGUUCCCAGUGGUGGCGUCUUUCUACCCCAUCUACGAGGCCCUGCUAAAACGCUACGCCGUGGAUGUUCCUGCGUAUGAUGAUAAGACCAGAUCCGGGGGUUCGGAAACGGGGCAUCCUUCAGACGGCAUGACCGGUCUACACGUAGACGAGUGUGACGCCGGAAAUAUUGAGGCCAGCGGUGGCUCGAUCCUACAAGACAGCACGAGUGGGACAUUUCCAUUCCCACUUCCAUUUGGAAAUCUGUUUGAGGAGUUCCUACUCAGUUCCCCGCCCCCCAAAAGCUAG